ACGAGAAGCAUCACUUUAUCAAAUCGAAAAUCAUGGAGAAUUCAUCUAUCUACGCCCACAAGAAGUUUGCCGUGAUCAAGCGGAAGCGAGACGACAUUGAGGAUGAGAAGGAGAACCUCUACCAAGAAACCGGACACCAUCUAACCAUCAAGCGCCGCCAGACCCAGGGAUUCUUCAGGCCGUGGUUGGAUAACGAGCAGAACCAGAAGGAGCAGAGCAGCCUGGUGGCACCAAAAACUAGCCAAAGCUUCUGCCCGGCACGUGCUUCCACGCCAGCGGUGAGCCAAUACCACGCCAACAUGGUGCGCCGCAGCCAGACUCCCCGCCAGCGCAGCCCCAAGGAGCAGCAACGCCGGGAUCGAAACACCUUGGCCUGUCUUCUCAGCCGACGUGCCAAGCAGGCCCAGGAGGAGCGGAUGGCCCAGCAGUACGAGCAGUUCCGUAGCCAGUACGCCGCCAUGCUGGAGCAGCAGGUCCGCCUGAGUCUCUACUACCGCCAGGUCCUUCAGCAGGCGGUGUUCCAGCGAGCGAUUGCUCCUGCUCCUGGCCACCUUCUGCCCCAGCAGCAGCAGCAGUUCCUCCAGCAGAUGUCCCUCUCCCAGCAAAUGCUCAUCUUCGGAUCCCAGCAAUGAAGAAAUCCCAACCCAAAC